AUGGACGUGUGUACAGCGAGCUCCGAUAAUGAACUCAGCAAUGGCUGCGAUAUUGAAGCAAAACAUAAGAAUAAUGCAGUAAACUAUCUUAUAGUAAACGAAAAGGGCAAAUUUAAAUGGAUUGGUUCCUUCGAAGAACUUAAAAUAUUAAUGAACGAGCUCACAGAGAAGGAUUUAAAAUGGACAUCGCCGGGUGGCCAUUGUAAAUUGUUAGAAUUAGACGAAGCCGAAAUCAGAUGGUAUUCGAACAAUAAAUCACUCACUAUUAGCGGAAAAGCAAGCGACGAUAUUAAGUCUCAACUACGGAUUCUUGCUGACUUAUCUCGGGCUGAUACUGAAGCAACCGAUGAAGGAAACGACAACGGUAAAGACGCCGUGAUCGAUAAUACUAAUGGCGAAGAACCAGGGGGAGCAAACAACAAUGUUAAAGACGACGUGGUCGAUAGCAAUAUGACAAACGACAGAUUCAGAGAAACAUUGAAUUCUACCGUGCGAGAGCUUGAAGUGAGACUAGAGCGUAAGAUCAACGAGCUUGCUAGCGAAAUAAACGAGACAAGAAUAGAUUUGUACAACGAAAAAAUGAUCAGAGGCGAAAACGAAGUUCGGAACAAAUCUAUAAACAAUGAACAGUCAUCGAAUUUGAAAGGAUUUCUCGCAAAACAGAACGACAGUCUAAAGAAAGAAAAUGAUCAACUUAAAGAACAAAUUAAUAACUAUAAGUGUAUCACGUCUGAUCUCAACCAAAAAGUGAAAGACUUAGAUAACGAAAGAAGCAGCUUAAUCACGGUUAUUAAAAUUUUACAAAGCGAGCAAGAACAACACAAAACUGAGGCAUUGUCAUCGUGGAAUGUCGUAAACAGACACAAGAAAAGCACUAAAAGCCGAAACGCCUUAGAACAAAAUCCCAGUGGAAAACAUCAACGACAGGAUUUGCAAUUACAAAAUCAAUUCAUUGAUCUGAGUGAUUGCGAAAGCGACGGCAACGAAAGCAACACAGAUAUAUCAGCCAAACAUGGAGACAAGCCAAGGCAAAGCGGAGACAAACCAAACCAACGCCGAAGCGGGCAAAAUAGUCGAAAGAUCGAAAGACGCCAGCAAUCCAAAGGAAACAUACAAGAUCGUCAAUCAAAUUUGGACGAAAGGAAAGAUAAAAGCGAACCCAAAGCGACAAAACAAAGGCAACCUAACAUUGUAAUCUUAGGGGAUUCAAUGUUAAAACAUUUGAAUCCCCGACGAAUUCAGCAAGGAAUUGACCAAAAGAUAUCAAUAAAAACCUUUCCUGGAGCUGGUGUUGACGAAAUGACCCACUAUGUUAAACCGACGCUCCAAAAGAAACCAAAGCAUAUUAUCCUGCACAUAGGUACCAAUGACCUGCAAACGAAAUCGCCAGAUGCGUUAAUUAAAGCUGUAACAAAACUUGGAGAGGCUAUAACGCAAGAAAUAAGUGGUAUCGAGCUUACGCUGUCGGAAGUCAUCACAAGAACGGACGAUUUGCAACUUGCUGAUAAGGUAAACAUUUACAAUAAUAAAUUAGACAAUCUAUGUACUGAACGCAAUUGGGGAUUUAUUACACAUAAAAGUAUCACUAAGACUCAUUUAAAUAGCUAUGGUUUGCACUUAAACCAAAGAGGAACAACUGCACUGGCAAGAAACAUAAAACAGUUUUUAAAAAAUCAAUCCUUAAAUUGA